AUGGAAAAUACAGAAGAAACCCUUAAUAGGCAACUAGAAAACCUAGAAAGACUUAUGGUCUCUUUAGAUAUAAGUGGAAAAAAUCAGGAGAUCCCUGAUAACAAAUCUGAAGAUAACAAUCAGAUCAUUUAUGAUUUUAGCUCAGAAGAAGCUAGUGAAAACGAAAAUGAGAAUCCUCAUUUCGUAAAAAUAGAAGAACAUGGAGAAACUUCAGGUACCAAAAGACCUGCAGAUUUUGAAAAGGAAUUUACCAAACAAAAAUUCCAAAAAGUACCUCAUUACUAUGAGCCUUCACAAAACCCUUUUCAAGGACAAGGUGUUUUAGACAUAGAUUGUAGUUUAGACACUGCAAAGGAUCUUAGAGAUUGGUACAAUACAAAUAAUGUAUUAGUCCAUCUGAAUGAAGAUCUAAGAAAUUUAGGAUCAGUUGAUAUUUUCAACUACCUACAAUAUAAAACUAGAGGAAAUGCAUUUAAAUACAUUUCAAAUCUACCACCACAAGUUAUGGGAACUAUGCCUUUAAUAGGAUCCUUAGUUACAGACUGGGUAUAUAGUUUACUAGUCAAAGAAUUCAAAGGAUGGAAGGAUACCGUCCAAUCAAAAGCAGCAUUUUCCGAUCAAAAUCUUUGGAAAAUAACUAAUUUAAAAAUUUGCAAUAUGUGUUACAUUGAUAACUUUAUUUGUGAAUUUCAGAGUUAUUAUUAUAACAUAGACAAUGAAACAAGACUAUCAAGAGGAUUGUUAGAUCUCCUCUAUGAUAAGCUUCCAGAAGGAAUGUCAACUCAAGUCAAACUAUACUUUACCUCAAUAUCAUCAGAAGGAAAGGUAGAUGAUACUCUAGGAGGAAGAAUAACUGUUUUAAAACAGUGGCUCACAGAUAAAUGUAGCGAAAAGAUAGCUAAAAGAGAAGCUAAAGUAUCACUUUGCUGUGAUAAGUUACAGAACAAAGUAGGAAACUAUAGGUGUAACUCUAGAAAUCCUAAAAAGAAAUCUAGAAGAAAUAUAAGGUCUUAUAAGAAAAAGAAAUUCAGAAAAAUCCCUUUUAAGAAAUUUAGAAAAGGAGAUAAGAAAUUCUUUAGGAAAAAACCACCUUAUCCUAAAAGAAAAACAUGUCCGCAAGAUAAGAAAUCAUGCACAUGUUGGUUAUGUCAUGAAGAAGGACACUAUGCCAAUGAGUGCCCUAAAAGGGAUAACCCUAAGAAAAAUGUCUUACAAGCCAUAUACGCAAUAGGAUAUGAACCUAUAGAAUCAGAUGUAGAAUCUGAUGAGGAAAUUUAUGAAUACUGCACAGAGACAGAUUCAGAGAUAGACUUAGAUGUCGAAGAAAGUACUUGGUAA